UAAAAGUAAAUCGUUAUUACAAAUAAUAAUGAGUAUUAAUAUUUUACACGUUAAAAAUUAUGUCCGUGUUGCACUAGCUUGCAUUCCGACAAAUCCCGCCUCCUGCAAAGUGCGAUUGGAUAGUUUGUUCAGUAAUGGAUAAGUCCGCGAAUAAGGCGUGCUGAUGACAUCUGCUGGUCUGCUGUUUUAUGUAAUAGAAAGCCUUUACUUUCAACAAUGCGUGUACAAGAACUAUAUCCCAUAAAACAGUAAAACAUUUCACAUAUUAAAAUUCACAUACGAAUAUUAAAUGAAAUGCAUAUUUCAGUUGGCAAUUAAAAGAUUAUUCCCUACGUUUACAAACUGUUUUAACGUAACGAAACUAAGCAGCGUGCUAAAGUCACAUGAUCUGACGUAUGUGCGGAUCUGCGCAGAUUGGUGGCCUUAUGACAUUAAAGUACCGCGAGAGCGAUUAAAGUGCAGACUGCUCUGAUGUAUGUUGUAGCAUCACUCUCGCGGUACUAUGAGGUCAUUUACCAAACGGUCUGCCAGCGCCGCAAGACGUCGAACGCACCUAUUGGUUUAAAACUUAAGAUUCGUAAAUGUUUUGUGAAGUCUGUUUUUAGGCGACAGCUACAGUUAAGUUAAAUUCUGCAUUCUUUAUCGAAGUUAAAUAUUACACUUCAAUAUCUUUCACCUUUGGUAUUCUGUAUGUGACUUAUAUCUGGAUAGCAGACUCUUGCCACCUCUUCCUGGCGAAUCAUAUUUCUCAUUUUAUUUCCAGAUUCAAGCGGACUGAUUGUUUAAUGUAGAACAUGAGAAUUUUAAAUUCAGACGAGUUAAAGCACGCCGAGAUCACUUUAUAUGCGCACUUGCCUAAAUCGUUGAAGGUGUACGGAUUUGUUUUCGCCUUAAACAGAGGGAAACCGCACACAUUGGAGGUUGUGGUAGACUCGUGGCCAGUCUUUACUACAAUAAUUGUUCGACCAGAUCCGAAUAAUGGUCGAGCCAAGGACUUUAUGAAGAAGGUGACUCUGUACACGACCAAUGAAGAAGUCCUGAAAAGAAUGUUGACUGUGGAAAACGCAAUUGACUGGAGCACAUACUUUUUAGUAGGAGGUAUUACUUUUUUAUAUUUAACGAAAGUAACGUUACAUAUUAAUUUCACUUUUGGUCAUUUUAAAUUCAUUUUAGGUUGUGAUGUGCGUCACGCACCUAUGCUGAAGGAAAUAGCUGCUUCUCGGGAUGUCCUUAUGAAGGGUUACACCUUAGUGCACCUUAUGACACUACCUGAACCAAACCAUGUACCUGAGCUUAGUGACCUCGAGCUCAAAGUGUCAGUUCUCAAUGAGUCUCAUGCCGAUGUUGUCAACAAGACUUGGAAAUUUGGUGGGGAUGAGAAAGGUUACCAGAACAUCUUAAAUCUCAUCACCCAUUUCCCAACAUGCUGCAUUACAGAUGAGAACAACCAGCCGGUGUCUUGGGUCCUUUUGUACAAUUACUGUGCCUUAGGAAUAUUGUACACUCAACCAGAGCAUCGUGGGAAGGGCUAUGCCAAAGCUCUUGUCACUAUAAUGGCAAAGAAACUCUAUUCUCAGGGCUAUCCUGUGUACUGUUUCAUUGAAGAAUGCAAUCAGCUUUCCUACAAACUUUUUGAAAGCCUUGGUUUCACAGAGGACCCUUCUUAUAGGGCUGCCUGGUACGAAUUCAUUACACCUGUCUGAUAAAGAAAUCCUCCAACCUUAAAGUAGAUCAUGAAUCUGAUUUGUUUAAAAAAUGUAAGUACAUUUGUACUAAAUGACUGUCUAAAAUUCCCACAAUAUUUUAUUUGAAUCCAGGUCAUGUUAUCAAAAUAAUGAGCACAGUAUAAUUUGGGUAUGGAUUUAUAUCUUGUAAUACAUUUACAAACCACUUUUAAGACCAAUAUAUAAUGUAUUUUUAUGUACAUUUCUGCAAAAAGGUUUUCUAAUUCAUAUUAAAACACCCUAUUCGCAUGGACUAUCAUAUAAUGCUUGUUUACGAAAACUUUGUCAAUAAAAUU